AUGCGGCAGAGUCGGCGCAAAGAGAAUUUAUCUAAGGAAGCAGCUAUAGAAGCGCUGGCACGAGUCACAGCUCAGAGGCGACCGAUGAAAAGGUCAAAGUUGGUUAUAAGAUCAAGGUUACAGAGGAAGAAGUCGAAGGUCACAGAAAAAGAGAUCGAAGGUCACAGAGGAAGAGGUCGAAUGUCACAGAGGAAGAGAUCGAAGGUCACAGAGGAAGAGGUCGAAGGUCACAGAGGAAGAGGUCGAAGGUCACAGAGGAAGAGUUUGGAGGUCACAGAGGAAGAGGUCGAAGGUCACAGAGGAAGAGGUCGAAGGUCACAGAGGAAGAGGUCGAAGGUCACAGAGGAAGAGGUUGGAGGUCACAGAGGAAGAGGUCGAAGGUCACAGAGGAAGAGGUCGAAGGUCACAGAAGAAGAGGUCGAAGGUCACAGAGGAAGAGGUCGGAGGUCGCAGAGGAAGAGGUCGAAGGUCACAGAGGAAGAGGUCGGAGCUCACAGAGGAAGAGGUCGAAGGUCACAGAAGAAGAGGUCGAAGGUCACAGAGGAAGAGGUCGGAGCUCACAGAGGAAGAGGUCGAAGGUUACAGAGGAAGACGUCAAAGGUGACCAUAAAAGUCGUCAAAGAUGACCAAGGACGGUGUAAGAGGCGACAGCGGAAGAGGUCAGAGGCGAUCGGGAAGGCAGGG